GCGGGCCAUGUUCGUCUUCGGCUACGACAACUACAUGGCGCACGCCUUCCCGCAGGACGAGCUCAACCCCAUCCACUGCCGCGGCCGAGGGCCGGACCGCGGGGACCCUUCAAAUCUGAACAUCAAUGACGUGCUAGGGAAUUACUCACUGACCCUGGUUGAUGCGUUGGACACUCUUGCAAUAAUGGGAAAUUCCUCCGAGUUCCAGAAAGCAGUCAAGUUAGUGAUCAACACGGUUUCAUUUGACAAAGAUUCCACCGUCCAAGUCUUUGAAGCCACGAUAAGGGUCCUGGGGAGCCUUCUCUCCGCCCACAGAAUAAUAACCGACUCCAAGCAGCCCUUCGGCGACAUGACGAUUGAGGACUACGAUAACGAGCUGCUGCACAUGGCUCACGACCUGGCCGUGCGGCUCCUCCCCGCCUUUGAGAACACCAGGACAGGCAUUCCCUAUCCGCGGGUGAAUCUAAAGACAGGCGUUCCUCCCGACAGCAAUAAUGAGACCUGCACGGCAGGAGCCGGCUCCCUCCUAGUGGAGUUUGGGAUUCUGAGCCGACUGCUGGGGGACUCCACGUUUGAGUGGGUGGCCAGACGAGCUGUGAAAGCCCUUUGGAGCCUCCGGAGCAACGACACAGGAUUAUUAGGCAACGUUGUGGACAUUCAGACCGGCCGCUGGGUCGGGAAGCAGAGCGGGCUGGGAGCCGGACUGGACUCUUUCUAUGAGUACCUCUUGAAAUCUUACAUUCUCUUCGGAGAAGAAGAAGACCUGGAAAUGUUUAAUGCUGCAUAUCAGAGUAUUCAGAACCACCUGAGACGAGGCCGGGAAGCCUGCAACGAGGGAGAAGGGGACCCCCCGCUGUACGUCAAUGUGAACAUGUUCAGCGGGCAGCUGAUGAACACGUGGAUCGACUCCCUACAGGCCUUCUUCCCCGGGCUGCAGGUCCUGAUGGGCGACGUGGAGGAUGCCAUCUGCCUGCAUGCCUUUUACUACGCCAUCUGGAAGCGGUACGGGGCGCUCCCGGAGAGGUAUAACUGGCAGCUGCAGGCCCCCGACGUGCUGUUCUACCCGCUGAGGCCGGAGCUGGUGGAGUCGACCUAUCUGCUCUACCAGGCCACCAAGAAUCCCUUCUACCUCCACGUGGGAAUGGACAUUCUGCAGAGUCUGGAAAAGUACACAAGAGUCAAGUGCGGGUAUGCCACACUGCACCACGUCAUAGACAAGUCCAAGGAGGACCGGAUGGAGAGCUUCUUCCUCAGCGAGACCUGCAAAUACCUGUACCUGCUCUUCGAUGAGGAGAAUCCGGUGCACAAAUCUGGAACCAGAUACAUGUUUACGACUGAGGGACACGUGGUGUCUGUGGACAAGCAGCUCCGGGAGGCACCUUGGAGGGAGGACGUCUUCCCUGACGGGGGCCCGGAUGGGAGGCCGCCCGACUUCAAAGCCAUCAACUCCAGCUCCAACUGCAGUCGCGUUCCUGACGAGAGGAGGUACUCCCUGCCCCUCAAGAGCAUCUACAUGCGGCAGAUCGACCAGAUGGUCGGCCUGAUCUGACCCGCCCCGCUCUGUGGGGCCACGUCCGACCAGGAACCAAACCGCUGAGCCCGGGCCAAGCCGAGGCCCGUCCCAGGUGGAGGAGGACGGGAGUCUGGUCCCCGCCGGCACCGCCGGAAUCCCUGCCUGCCCCUCACCCACACCUGGCAGCACCUUGCUUUCUUCAGUGUUUCUCUUCUGUUCAAUAAAACACCCAUUUUCCUUAAGGAUGCAAUUUAAA